AACAUAGGAGAUCAAUUGAUCGAAUUUUUGUUUCUCAAUACAUGGAUGAUACUAGUACUUAUAAUGAAGUAUAUAGUUCAGAUGAUUAUGUUGUUACUUAUAGUAAAGAAGAUAAAUCAUUUCUUGGAUGGUCAGUUAACACUAAAAACAAUGGACCACAACAACCCGAUGUUUAUUUUAAGGCUGAUCAAAUCGAAGACUUGAACUUACGUUUAGGCACUUUACUAAGUAAAAAAAUCUUGUCAUUAUAUGGUUAUAAUAAGCAUUGGUUGAUUGAUUUAAAUAGUGAUCGUACUAAUAAUGAACGAUUUCUUAAACUAAAACAGCCCGUUGAUUGUGAAAAAAACAUUUACCAAUUUUUUUCAAAUGAUGCUAUUGGAUUCCUUCCUAAUGAUUUAAUUCAAGUAUCAGUAAGAAAUCGCAAAAUUUACAAGUACUGUUUAAAAGAUAGACCAAUAAAUACAGUUCUUUGGGAAUAUUCUCAAAUUAAUGAUAUAGAAAUUCCUGAAAGUUUAUAUGGUCAAGUUAAAAACUUGCGUUGUACUAUAUGUCGAACAAAGUUAUUU